UUAGCUGUACAAACCCCCCCCCCUUCUCUCUCUUGCUUUCUCUCUCUGUUAAAGGAAGAGUAAUUUAUGUGACAGCUUCACCAGAGAGAGAGAGAGGUGGAAGAGGAAACUUCUGGAUCGCCGUCAAAGCUGAAAACGUAUAAUCGCGGAGGUGAUUUUUUUGGGAUAACCUCAGUGGUAGCUGGUGUUGAUAGCAGAAAAUGGCUAGCCGGCUGAAAGAAGACGAGAAGAACGAGCGGGUUAUUAGGGGUCUUCUCAAACUUCCUGAGAACAAGAGGUGUAUUAACUGCAACAGCCUGGGACCACAAUAUGUUUGCACUACUUUCUGGACUUUUGUUUGUACAAAUUGCAGCGGAAUACAUCGUGAGUUUACCCACCGCGUUAAAUCUGUAUCAAUGGCCAAAUUUACUUCACAAGAAGUUGGUGCACUACAAGAAGGAGGAAAUCAGCGUGCUAAGGAAAUUUAUUUUAAAGGAUUUGAUCUACAACGUCAGUCAUUACCUGAUGGAAGUAAUGUUGAGCGGCUGCGUGAUUUCAUUAGACAUGUCUAUGUAAAUAAAAGAUACAUGGGUGAGAAGAAUGAUGACAAGCCUCCAAGGGGACAGAUGGGCGACAAAAAUGAUUUUCAUGGAACUCGGAGUCCUAGUGGCGCUCAAAGUCCACAAUAUGAAGAUGCAUAUGACCGCCGUUACAGUGACAGGUCAGAUGCAGGAGGCAGAAGUCCUGGCUUCGAACCAGGUAGCAGGAAAUUCGGUGAUUACACCAGAAGCCCCUCUCGUCCAGAAAUUGUAAAUGAUUGGCGCCGAGAGGAUAGAUUUGGAAGUGGAAGAAAAUCUGAAGAGGGUUCCCAAUCUCCUGAUCAAGGAAAAAACUUGGGUUCAUCCCCCCCUCCAGUGGUUCGACCUAUUCGGGAGAUUUUGGGUGACAGUGUAGUUCCUCUUCGUGUUGGCGAACCUCCAAAACCCGAUGGUAACAGAAAUACUGAUGCUUCGGCACAUGCGAAGAGAACUGUAUCAUCGAGCAGUUUAUCUUCCGCAAAUGAGAAUCCCCCAGAAGUGAAGGUGGAAACUUCUGUCAGUCUGAUUGAUUUUGAUGCCGACCCUGAACCUCCUGCCUCAACACAAAUGCAGCAAUCAACAGCUCCUCAGCCUGUUGUGCAGUCAACAACUUCAUCUGAUAACAAUUGGGCAUCUUUUGAUACUGCCCCAAUCCCGAGCACAACUUUAUCUCAAGCUCCAGCUAAUGGGAAUACGGUGGAUUCGCUUCUGUCUCAGUUGGCAGUUCCUUCUUCAGUCCCAGUUCAGACAUCAGGACUGCCUAGCGGGGCCAGUGCUUCAAUAGAUGCUACUGCCUUUCCUGCAAGUCCUCCUGUUUCUGCUUCAUGCUUUGGUGCUGGAAAUAGUACAGCUCCAGUUAGCAGCACUUCUGUUCAAGCUUUUGGUCAGGAAUGGCCUAAUGUCCAGCAGCAGUCUCCUUCAUUGUUACCUAUGCAUGUCGGUUAUUCCACGCCCCAAAAUAUGGUGCCACCUCAGAACGGACCUUCGAAAAAUCAGCCAUGGAACACAACCCUGGUCUCUAAUGUACAAAGAUCCCAGAGUGCACCAGCUCUGCAACCACUUCAAGGAGUCUCUCAAGAGGCCACUCCUGGUGUUGAAGUGAAACCUUCUGGAAGAAAAGAACUGCCUGUGGAUCUAUUCACUGCAACCUACCCAUCAUAUCACGCAGCAGCACAUGGAUGGCAAGCUGGUCCACCUCAUGGUAUGGGCUUUGGCAUGCAGCAGUAUAACACCGCCAUGUUCCAGAAUUUUCAGCAGCCACCGAAGUCAAUGAACCCUUUUGACUUUGGCAAUGAACCAACUCCACAAACACAGACGGCAACUCAGUUCAUGUCGAUGUCAUCUCUCCAAGGUGCUUUACCGCCGAUGGGAAUGACCCGCACUUCAAGCCUUGGUACUGUUUCACAAGCCUCGAUGCCACCCCAAGCACAUCAUCAUCUUCCAUCUGGUAUAUCCUACCAAGUCCCAAGUCAUCCAUCCGCACUGCCACCAAGGUUUAUGUCUCCACAAAUGCCGGGCAACAUGCCACCCAGCAUUGUGAACACUAUAGAAGGUGGUCCAUAUGGAGGAACUACUCAACACUUCAGCGGCCCAUUCUCUGGACCUCCUUCCAACCCGCCCUCUUUCCCCACGGGAGGAAACCCGUUUGGGUAAGAGAGAAAACAUUCCUAUCCCAGUUUUUAAAAAACUUACGUUUUCUUAAAUUACGGUCGAGAAGGAACUGUUAUUCUAAGGAUCUUUACACAAGGUGUGAUCCGUAGUUUUUGCCUGGGGAAGGAGGAGGAGAGGUAAGAGUUGCAUUUGCAUGGUGUUAUAUUAAAAAGCAGUAAACUCCUGAAACUAAAAAAUAAGGAGAGGGUUCAAACUUGGGGGAGUGUUGGUGUGGGGAGUUAGGGGGAGAUUCUUUCUAGCAUUUCGAGUUGUCAAAUAAUUUUGUUGUUGUUGUUGUUGUUGUUCUGUUUCUUGUAAUAUAAGUCCGAGACUCUGAAAUGACUUGUGUCUUGGCUUUGGUUUUGGUUGCUACAAAUUAUUUGUUGCUUCUUUUUACAUUUUCCCCAACUUUUGGCCCCAAAAAAAAAAUCUUUUUCUAUUC